ACACUCACCCUUGACACUUGUGUUUCAUGUCCGUUCCUCACUUCUUCAUCUGUUUUCUUGUUUUCCGAGGAACUCAUCAAUUGAUAACUUUUACUUAAUCUCCUCUGUUUUUGCCCAAUUUUUUACUCCACUUCUCUAAACAGAACUCCUCUGUUUCUCCCCUGUUCCUUUGGACACUUCCAUUGUGGAUAAAGCAAAAAUGUCUUACUCAAGUGUCUGUCAAGGGUUACAAUCAAGUCUGGAACCCUGCCUUCUGGAACAACGUGUGCUAAAGCUCAAAUUGGCUCCACCAGGGUCCAACUCCAACCAUUCUCCACCACCCUCUCAAUGCCCUACCUCCAACACUCUCCCACACACUCCAAACCAUCAACAUGGAAACAAAAACUGGACUUUCCUUCAAUCCCUCUCCAACAUUUCUCAUAGCAAUGACCCAGAAACUCACAAAGUCUACGUCCACCCUUCUGUUAAGCGCUCCUCUUCAAUGCUCAGUGCAAAGAGCUUGGAACUAUGCACCGAAAGCUUAGGCUGCGAAACUGGUAGUAAUGCCAGUGAUGACACUGAAGACAUGUCUUUAUUUUCACUUGAAGAUAGCCCCAGUUUAAGGAGUAACAACACUCCACUGGUAAUGCUAACUAAUAAAAAUUCUCAGUCUAAAAGAUUGAACAAGCGAGGUAGUAGCACCGGAACCUUUCCACCUCCCUUGACUUCGAUGGGAGAGGUCAGAGUUAGGUCUCAUCGUGAAGAUGGUAGGCUUAUCUUGGAAGCCGUAACUUCCUCUUCUCCUCAACCCUGUUUUGAAGCGGAGCGUGGCAAUGGCAGGCUUAGGCUUCGACUCUUUGAGAGUGAGGCCAGUUGUUAUGAUGAUGAAGUUGCUGAUGAUGAAGACUUGAAGCAAGAAGUAUCUGAUGAAGAAGAAGAAGAAGAAGAAGAAGAAGAUUAUGGUGGAAAUGCUGAGGAUGAGAUGGGUAUGACAAAGUUUGUGAGGCCAAGCAGGUGCAAGGAAAGUGGGAAUAGAGUGAUUUUUGGCGAUGGAUACUUUGAGCAUCCCCCUCUUUCUCUUUGCCUCUGAUCAUAAAUAAUUACAUAAUCUUAGAUUAUUAAUUAAUUACGUGAUCAUAGUCUAUAUAUUAAUGUUAAUGACACAUGUGGUGUGGUGUCUGAGGAUGUCACAUGGCUAUAGUCUGAGAUAGUAGUCAGAGUAGAAGUUAUAUAUUUUACUAUUUGAUUUUGGUGUUAGGAUUUGGUCUUUUUAUGAUUGGAAGUUUGGUUAUUGAAAUUGCUGAAGGGUAGUUAUUAUAGUUAUUAGUUAGAUUGGAUGUGUUUGUUCGUGUGUUCUCUCUCCCUUGUUUCUAGAAUGCUCCCAGGGAUAAUUCCUUGAGAGGGGGAAAACAUUGAUGUUCGAACAGCAGAGAUACACUUCCAAAAAUAAUAAUAAUGAAACAGAAGAAGGGGUACGUAAUUUACUAACUAAACACUGGGACCCAAACCUUAAUUCCUCGGAUUUGAUUAGAUAUUUGGGUAUGGAACCUUGUCGGAAAUUCAAAUUACAGA